ACACAGUAGGAAUUUUGAUCAGGCGAGUACCAGGGCAUCCUGCUUCCGCCCUGUAGCCGGGUCCUGGGCCCGUGCGAGGCAGACCCGGAGACCCCGCGCUGCCUGCACCUCUACCGUCUCGGUUGACAUGGAUGAUGAAGACGGAAGGUGCCUGCUAGAUGUAAUUUGUGACCCAGAAGCUCUCAAUGACUUUCUUCAUGGAUCAGAGACCCAUUUGGACACUGACGACCUUUUGGAUGGUUCGGGUGACCCCUCCAGCUCGUUCUUCUCCUCUGCUGGGGGCCAUAUUCCGGAGGUCCAGCCCGUCAUCCAGCUGUCGGUCAGUGAGCCGGCCGGACUGCCCCGGGUCAGCGUGGACCUGGACUUCCUGGAGGAUGACGACAUCCUCGGAGGCUCGCCGGGCGGCGACGGCGGCGGCAUCAACGGCAUGGGGGGCAACCACGAGCCCUGCGACAUCCUGCAGCAGAGCCUCGCCGAGGCCAACAUCACGGAGCAGAGCCUGCAGGAGGCGGAGGCCGAGCUGGACCUGGGCUCCUUCGGGAUCCCGGGCCUCACGCAGGUAGUCCAGACACUCCCCGACGGCGGCCUGUCCGGCGCCGCCGCCGUCGGCGUGGGCAUAGGCGCCCCUCCGAAUGCGGCGGCGGCGGCGGACAUGCUGGGCUCGGUGCUGGCCCACCAGGGGCUGCACCUCCAGCCCCAGGUCAUGAACAAAGCCAUUAGCGUCCAGCCCUUCAUGCAGCCCGUGGGCCUGGGCAACGUCACCCUUCAGCCCAUCUCAAGCCUCCAGGGGCUCCCCAACGGGAGCCAGUCGGGUCAUUUGGGGCUCGGACAGAUUCAGGUUGUGGGCCAGCCCACCGUCAUGACUAUCAAUCAGGCCGGGCAGCCCGUCCUGGCCAAGGCCAUGGGCAGCUACCAGCUGCACCAGCCCGGGCCGGAGGUGUCGGGAGCGGGGCCGCAGGCAGGGCUCGGCGGCCCGGUUCUGAGCUCCGGCGGCGGACUUCUUAUCCAAGGCGGCAAGGCCGCCCUCGGGUCCCCGGCGCUCAACGGGCCGGCGGUGUGCGCCGGCAACACCGGUAGCAGCAACAGCGGCGCCAUGACGGCUCCCGCCGGGCUGAUGGGCUACGCCGGCGCCGGGAUGGAAACACAGACUCAAGGCCAGAUCAUGCAGAACGUGAUUAUCCAGCGCACGCCCACGCCCAUCCAGCCGAAACCGCCGCAGGGCGGCGCCUUCCAGCCCAAGGGCUUCAAACCGCAGCCCCAGGCGGCGCCGCACACCCUGCAGGGCGACCCCGCCAAGGCCCUGGGGCUGCAGCAGCUCCCCGUGUCGGGGGCCCAGAACGUCACCUUCCUGACGGGCAAGCCGGGCUCCAACAUGGUGCUGAGCGCGCAGGGGCCCUCCCAGGGCCAGCAGUUCCAGCAGGUGUUCAAGCAGCAGCCGGGCCAGCCGUCGGGCAAGCCCCUCAGCGUGCACCUGCUGAACCAGCAGGGCAGCAUCGUCAUCCCCUCUCAGUCCAUGCUCCAGGGCCAGAACCACCAGCUGCUCCAGCUGCAGGCCGGGGGCCAGAUCUUCACCCAGCACCCCGGGGGCCACAUCAUAACGAGCCAGGGGCCGGGGGGCCACCUCAUCACCAACCAGAUCCUGGCGGCCAACCAGAACAUUAACCUGAGCCAGGUGUUCUCGGGGCCCAUCCAGCUGCAGUCGGGGCAGAUGGGCCAGCCCACGCUCUUUCAGAUGCCCGUCUCCCUGGCCCAGAGCGCCGGCCACACCCAGAGCCACCCCGUCGCGGCCCACAACCAGACGGUCAUCCAGGGCAUGCCCCUCCAGAACUCCCUGACCAUGCUGGGCCAGGUGGAGGGGCUGAGCCCGGCGGUCAGCCUCCAGCCGGCCCUCCAGCCCCCGGCGGGCGGGGUCCCUUGCGGCGCGGGGGGCCUGGCCCUGGCGGGGGACUGCAUCACGGCGCUGGGGGGCGCCACGGAGCAGGUGGGCCACCCGCAGCAGCAGCAGCAGCCCGUCCCCCAGCAGUCGUCCGUCCUCACCAUGCAGUCGGCCGUCUCCAUCCCCUGCUCCUCUCCGUCCAUGUCGGUGACCACGGCGACGGUGCCCGCGGUGGGCCUGGCGGCGGCGGCCCAGCACAGCCCCGGGCGCGUCCUGUACACCAACCAGGGCGCCAGCAUGAUCCUGAGCCAGGAGUCGCUGCAGAUGCUCCUCCAGCAGCAGCAGCAGCACCAGUCAGAGAAUGGCUCCGCCCCCUCAGUGGGCGUGCCGGCGUCUGUAAUCGUCAGCAGCAACAGCCACCCUGGCCCGGCCCACUCAGUCCAUGACAGCCAAUUAGCUGAGUCUGAGGUGGCCCACAGUCCUGGCCCCUCCCCUGGCCCCUCCCGCAUGGUGGUAAAGCAGGUUCCCUCCAGCGGACAUCAGCAGCCCCUGAAGCUCCAGAGCAUGUCGCCCUCGCCGGUGCUCACCGCCCACGUGCCGGCGGCGCCCCGGGCCGACAGCCCCCAGCCCUCACCGUCCCCCCUAGCCCUCGGCCAGCACGUCCACUCCCCGCACCACCAACAGCAGCAGCAGUCUCGCCCCCCGUCCCAACCCCAGCCCCAGUCCCAGACGCCCUCACGCUCCUGCACGCCCUCCUCCCACCAGCCCCUCUACAUUGUCCACAACCAGAUCCCGGGGUCCCCACAGCAGCAACAACUACAGGCCCAACAGCCUCAACCGCAGCAGACUCAUAUUCAAAUCCAGCUGCAGGCUCCGCCCCGGCCUCCGUCCCAGCCCUCCCCCUUCCAACAGGAGAGGCCCCCGCUCUCCCACUCCCCCAAGGCCCCCGCGGCGCCCCCCGCCCUCCAGCACCAGUUUGUGAGCUCGGUGAUGAGCGGACCCACGCCCAUGGUGCUCACGGCCCCGCUGAGCGCGGAACAGCAGCACCACCUGCAGCUGGUGGCGGCCCAGAUCCAGACGCUGUCCACCAUCUCCCAGCCCUCCCCGCAGCAGAAGCAGCUGCUGGACAAGUUGCACCAGGUCCAGCAGAGUAUCCUGAUCCAGGCCAAGCAGUCCGCCUCCCUCCAGCCCGCCCCUCAGGCCCAAAGCCUGGCCCCAGCUCAUUUCAUCUCCCAGCAGGACCCGUCCACUGAGACGGUGAUGCUGUCGUCAUCGGGCCCUGUGGGCCCCCCAGCCCCACCGGGGGCCCCCUCGCUGCAACAGAAAUCUGUGCUCGUCAAAACUCCAGUACUCCCAGGCCCGGUUGGGGCGGGACUCCCACCAUCCAUGGCCCAAGCCGGCCUCACCCCGCCGCCUGCACAGGUGGGUGACUCCUCCCACCCCCACACAACACAACCCCCAAUUGGAUGUAACGUAAUGCAUUCUAAGAGCGUUAAACGCACCUCGUUACACAUCACAACAGCCUUUUCCUCUCGUCAUCUAAAACCACCGCUGGAACCAUUCGCACGAGAACAUCCACGUGUUCCGAGCAGCGACCCGGCCUCACCCGGCUCUCCGGUUCUCCCGCAGGUCCAGACCACGCCCGGGGUGAUCAGCGCCGUGGGAGGCGCGGGGGUCACCUUGGGGGGGAUGAAGCUCCAGAUGCUGGCCCAAAUGCCUGGCCUCCAGUCCCCUACCCCCGUCCACACACAGAUCCCUACAGUGAAGAUGCCUUUCAGUGCGGAGCCCAGUAAAGAGGCCAGGAUGCUGGAGCAGCUGAGGAAGCAGCAGGGCUCGGUGCUCCACCCCAACUACAGUGUCCCCUUCAACUCCUUCGACGACACGCUGCAGCGCCUGCUGCCCUACCACCUCUACCAGGGCACGGCGAACUCCAGCCAGGACUACAAGAGAGUGGACGAUGAGUUUGAGAGCGUGUCCUGUCAGCUACUGAAGCGAACGCAGGCUAUGCUGGACAAAUACCGCCACCUGCUCUUCGCUGAGUCCAAGAGGAUGGGCCCGUCGGCGGAGAUGGUGAUGAUCGACCGGAUGUUCAUCCAGGAGGAGAAGUUCACUCUGGGCCAGGACCGGGUGCUGGCCAAGGAGAGACCAGAGGAGUUUGUGGCGAACGCCCGCAUGUUGGAGAGCGCGGCGGCUACGUCGCGGCUACACCCCUCCCCAGCGGGCCCCAGCCCGGCCAGGGGUCUCGCGUCAGAGACCACGCCCCCUGCACCGCCUCCUGUGGCCCCGCCCCCGGCCGCCCACCCCCCUGUGGUUCCCAAAGCCGUCCCUCUGCCCGCUCCGGCUGCGCCCGCAGCCCCCGCGCCCGCCCCGCCCGCCUCCCACUCUCCCUUCCCCUCCACCAAGCUGGUGAUCAAGCAGGGCGGGGGGUCCGCGUCCGUGUCCUGGGCCAGCAGCAGUGCCCCCCCUCCGCCUCCGCCACCGCCGGCCCCCCCGACCGCUGCCGCCGCCCCGGCGGCACCGAGGCCAGUGGGGCCGCCGGCCAAUCAGAGCUCUUCGUUCGGCCGGGCCCCGCCCUCGUCGUCCUUCCGGUCGCGGCCGGCGGAGGACGAGGACGCGCUGCCCCAGAGGACCAGCAAGCCGCCCAUCAAGACGUACGAGGCGCGCAGCCGCAUCGGCCUCAAGCUCAAGAUCAAGCAGGACCAGACGGGCUUCCGCAAGGUGGUCCACAACACGGCGCUGGACCCGGUCCACACGCCCCCCCAGCAGAGGACCCAGCCCCAGCCCCCGCCCCCGCCCAACCCCCAUAUAAAGAGUGCCACGCCUCCCCCCAAGCCCCGCCCAGAACCCGCCGUCCCCCCCACUGUCCCCCCCACCGUCAUCAGGACUCAGUCCCAAGCGUGCCCCGCUCCCUCGGCGCCGUCGGUCGCCACGGCGCCCCCUCCCUCCUCCUCCUCCUCCUCCUCCUCUUCCUCCACCACGCAGAUGAACGGAACGCUGGAGCACCACGAGGUGGGCGGCGUCAAGCGCAACCCCACGCCCCCGGCCCCGCCCCCGGCCCCGCCCCCGGCCCCCCAGGCCACCACCUGCCGCCUGCCGCUGCGGAAGACGUACCGGGAGAACGUGAGCCCCCGGGUGCGGCCGGGCGUGCCGGGGGGCGGGGACGACAGCCUGCCCUACCCCCGCCCCGAGCUCUCGCCGCCCCCGCUCCGACCGGAGCCCUCCCCCUUGCCCCGACCCCCGGUGGAGGAGGCGUUCGGCCGCAGCGUCAAGACGACGCCACAGCAGCCAACCCACCCCCACCUGCCCCAGCUGCCCGUCCGGGGGGGGGAGGAGCCGGUGGCGGAGGCGGGGGCCACGCCGGACCACCCGGGCGCCAUCGCUCAUUACAAGCGGGCGAGCGGCAAGAGCCAGCGGCCGCGGCCGGGCGCCGUGUACCGCGUGGACCAGCACGCCCCGGGCCCGCCCACCCCGGACGCCUCCCCCGCGCGGGACCCCUCCUCGCUGCCGGCCAAGCGCUGCAAGUCGGACUCCCCCGACAUGGACAACGCCAGCUUCUCCAGCGGCAGCCCCCCCGACGACACGCUCACGGAGCACCUGCAGUGCGCCAUCGACAGCAUCCUCAACCUGCAGCAGGGGCCCUCCGCCCGCCACCUCAAGGGGGGCGGGAGGCCCCGGCAGCACCCCAACCCGCUCCCCGGGGCCCCCUCCCACAGAGCCCCGGCCCAGCCCCCUUCCUCCUCCUCGUCCUCCUCCUCCUCCUCGUCAGCCUCCACGCCCGCCUUGGUGGCCCCUCGGCCCCCCAUGCCCAUCCCGGGACGGGGCCACAACGGGAGCCUGGUCCCCCAGAACCACAGCAGAUAA